UCCUUAUGUCCGGCCUACAUCGCAAGAGGUUGGAUAUCUUCAACUUCAAGCCCAUCACAUAUUACCUUGUAUCCGGUGUUGUUAAAAUACCGUUUAGGUUCUGAAACCUGUUGCUGUUGGCGGUGGUAGCCAAGAUGCAGCACUUUCUCCCCGACCUCCUCCUGUGGAUCCUAGUCCUCCGAGAACAUUGGCUGAUGCUUCGACUAAUGUUGUUGAUUCCAAUUCCACGCUUGUGAAUCAGCAGGCCCAAACAUCUCCUCCUGUUUCACGUGAUCGCCUCGAUGUGCUACAUGCAAGUACAACUCGUCCUCAAAGCGCACGUGAACAGGGAUCAUCUUCAGCCAAUGGUGGAAUGCGAACAACACCUCAGAACAGCGCGCCGGCGACUCCAGCUUUGACAGCGGAUGAUGUCGUUCCUGUAUCACAAACAUUGUUUCAAGUUUCGGAGCAGCAUUUUACUGAGGCGUUUAAUGCAAGCCGAAAGAAAAGGUGCGAUCUUAGGUACUCGAUCAUUUUUCAUCCUAAGCACAUAAUAUCCAAACAGUUUGCUCAUUCAGUGUCUGUGGAAAGUACUGUUGUGACUGCACCUGUUCAAGGAAUCGAACGAAAGGAGAUGGAUGAUAAGCCUGCGUUGGCGCCUAUUUUGAUGAUGACUUAUCUAAGCAACUGCAUGAGUAACAUCAAGUCCACUCUCAACACGAAUGGACUUCCUGUGGGACUAGAUGCGAAUGGUCGAGCUGUGGACUAUUCCUCCCGGCCGAUCGAUCCUAUCUUCCAGCAAGCUCGUGCUAGAAUGGAAAAUGCUCGUGAGUUCAGAGAGCUUUCGCCUCCAACAACGCUACCUCAGGUUUCACGUAGCUCUUUCGAAGAAGGCUCUGGGUACUCUCCCAUUGGAGUUGCUCUUCCUACGGUAUCCUCAGCUGUCCCACGACCACAGGUAUCUAAUCCGGUUGGAGUCAACAGAGUCGUUCCGGAUGCAAUACCUGUAGAAAAAAACGAGGAGAAUGAUGGAUCCGAACCCCCUUCUGAGAAGCGCAGUAAAAUUGCUAGUGAUGGAGAAUGA